AUGAACACCCACGUUUUACUUCGCAUUUUCUUCCUAUUUCUCUGCAUCUACAGCCUUAAAACCCUUGUCGAUGGAGCUGGAGAAUGUGGGCGAAACCCUCCAGAUAGAGAAGCCAUAAAACUGGCUCCUUGCGCAAUGGCUGCACAAGACAAAUCUGCUAAAGUGUCUUCAACUUGCUGUGUUCGAGUGAGACAGAUGGGGAAGAACCCCAAAUGCCUUUGCGCUGUCAUGCUUUCUUCCACAGCCAGGAGCUCCGGAGCAAAACCAGAGAUCUCAAUGACCAUUCCUAAACGCUGCAACAUCGCUGAUCGUCCUGUCGGUUACAAAUGUGGAGCUUAUACUCUGCCUUGA